AUGUCGCCAGCCAGAGAAAACAGCUCAGUGCUAUGCGCUCAAAGCAACGACGGAAACCGAAAUGCCUCGUCUGAAAUCGACUUUACGGGCGCUUGGCGCGCCUACAGUGACCGAUGGCAUAGGCCUGAGCUCGGCCUGCGAUCAAUCUACAACCAUAGCAGCCGAGCUUAUAACAGGGACUUUUGGGGAAAGCAAGAGGUCAUCGAUAUUGUGCUUGAACUUGGUCUGCAGACUUUCGCCAAAAUCACGCAACGCCUCGAGAGGACAGCAGCACAGAAAGACUACACAAGGCCGUACCUCACGGCUGGAAAGCUGGCGCUUGAUGCCUUCGGACUCGCUCUCGCAGGGUCAGCCCCACCGAAUAACCCUCUGGACGUGGUUUUCGUAUCAAUAGAUUUCGAAGGCGCUUCCAACGGACGCGGUGCGAACGGAUUCGGGGCAACAUAA